GGCCUCCAUCUUUGUACGCCGGAGCUCAGCGCCGUGGGCGGUUGCGGAGGGAGGUGGGAAGCCGGGGAUCCUGCCCUGCUAUUUUCUCAGUGUCCUCGUCUCUCGCUGCCCGAAGCCGCGAUGCCUCAGUUCCAGACCUGGGAGGAGUUCAGCCGCGCGGCCGAGAAGCUCUACCUCGCCGACCCCAUGAAGGUACGCGUGGUUCUCAAAUACAGGCACGUUGAUGGGAAUUUGUGUAUCAAAGUAACAGAUGAUUUAGUUUGUUUGGUGUAUAGAACAGACCAAGCUCAAGAUGUAAAGAAGAUUGAGAAAUUCCACAGUCAACUAAUGCGACUUAUGGUGGCCAAGGAAUCCCGCAAUGUCGCCAUGGAAACAGAAUGAAUGGUUUGAAAAGAAGACUGUUUGUAUGUUCUUGGGAAGUAAAUAGCUUUUGAAACUGAGAAAGUGUUGGGAAGAAAAUAUUUAUGUAACUGAGCUGUUGAGAACUGAGAGACCAGCUUGUGUUCUAAGGUUUGCUUUAGAGUGGGAUGUCCGGGCUCUCAGUUAGAAGCCUUUAUUUUUGGAAACUGAAUAAGAAAUACCUUAGCAGCUUUUGCAGAUCAUUUGAUGUUGGGAAAAUAUAUAAUUAUUUUUCUGGUAAAUUCAUAUCAGUAAUUUGUUGAUGAAUUAACAAGAAAAGUUCUUUCUAGAUUGUGUUUAAGAGGAAAUAAAAUGUAACCUUUUGCUGUGUUGGCAUGUUUCUUUUGGAGCAUAACAUUUAUGCUGUUUAUAAUAAAGUUGGCAGCUGGGGUUGCUGCUCUGCAGUGAGCAUGAUCUGGUUUAUGAAUUUUGAGCCUGCCUUUCCUCUCUUGCCGGGUUCACACUGUGUUUGAAUAGAAGGGAUUUAUGGCAGCAGCUUGCUGAGCGGUGAGUGCCUGCCAGACUGGCUUUCAGUUAUCUGAGGGCACAAGCGUAACGAUGGUCUCUGUGAUGGGCUGCAACCUCCUCUGCAGAAUGUCCAUGAUGUGAUUCCGCACAUCGUCUCAGAGGGGUUAAGGGUUAUUCGGAUGAACUAAAGUAUGGAGCAUAGCAUGCCUCUCAGAACUGUUGGGUUUCUAAUAAGCCAGGAGUCUACUGUUUUAUGUUUAUCUUGUACUUGUAACUGAUUUCACCACCUAAGUAUAACGUCCCAUGUUACCUGCUCGAGCAAAGGUACUGCACUAAUGUAUUUUUUGUAAAAGUUUGUCAUGCUGAGUAACAUUUUAACUUGAAAUUUUUAUUAGUUAUGAGAAUUUUAGUCUGUUCUAGAGGUCAGUAAAUAAAAUAUACUGUUUUUGUUGAA